AUGCAAGGGCUGGCGGGGUUCAAGGUGAGGUCAUAUGUGAUCAGCUUAGCAUUAGAGUUGGAUCUCGUAGGGGGUGGUUCGGCAUUUGCGAUUCUUUCUGUACAAUUCCAUUGUGCAUGGCAACGACAAAGACAAUCUACCAGACGAAGAGAUAGAUUGCCGAGAAGCAACACCAUCUGCUUUACAAAUGUGGCAACAGCCACCGUGCAAGUCUACUGCACUCUUAUACAGUGCUUGCUCAUUAAAGCUCACCAUGCACGGACAGUGUUGGACAGUAUUUCUCGCCUGAUUAAAUCAAGCAUGACCAAUGAACGUGCCUAUCCCGAUAUUUUCUUCCAAAUGAUGCACAGACCCAGCAAACCUCUUCCAUCAUCAAAGAUAUAG